AUGCUGGUUCGUUCGUUUGAUGUAAUCGUGGUGUCUUCAGACGACGAAGAGAUUCAGGAUUCUCUAGAUAGAGAGCUCCAGGCAGCAAGAAGCGAUGUGCCCAGGCAGCUUGAAGUCAGGCAUGAAGAGUCCAAUCGAUGGUGGGAGCUGCUCAGCCAGUUCGACAACGAGGGCAACAACUUGACCCAGACUACGCCCUUGGUGGAGUCCAGAGGCACGAAAAGAGCUGCAGAAGUCGACGUGUCCAUGCUGGACGAAGGAUCUGAACCCCUUGCAAAUGUGCCCAAGCGACUACCGGGCCUAAAUGGACUAGCCAUUGGGAACAGUGGCGAAAAAGACAGGGAAACAAAUAUUUCAGAUAGAAAAACUACUCCUACAGUAGAUUCAGACUCGGUGGUGGUGAUUCUCUCGAGUGACGAUGAACAGCCGGAGCUGGACUCGGUACCUGUUCCUGAGAAGGAUCAUUCCCCCGUAGAGCGCCCUCAAAUUGCAGAGAACAGCUAUUUUGAGGAAAAGGAGCCCCAGCUGAAGGCUGAGGAUUUGGAGGUUGCCAGUGAUGACCUGGAUUCCGACGAUGAGAUAGCUGUGCUUUCCAAAGAAGAAGCUGAGAAGACAGGCAAAUUCAAACCUUCCACAUUCAUUUCACGUCAUAGACCACAAGUGCCUCUUCACAGAGCUCGAGAUGACCCGAGAGGUGGCGCAGACUACCGUCAUCUCUUAGCUAAUCAUCAAUUCAACAGCCCAGUGCCACUGUUGCAACCACUUGGAGACCCUCAUCAGAUGGAACAGGAUAGAAGGGCAGAACACUAUUUUGCUACGCAGACCAUUGAACAGCUCCGUGCAUACGAAAGUACCUUGGAUGCUCAGCUCGCUAGAUUCGAUGGGUUGCGUGAUUCAUAUUUGAGCCAAAUGAAGCAGGCGAAAGAGCGUUUGGAGACUUUACCAAUAAAUCUCAUGGAGGAGCGUUCAGAGCUUAUUCGUGAGAUUGACUCUACACUUUCUGAUGCCAACGUGGCGAUUCAAAGGGCAAAGAAAAUUAGAAGGUAUAAAGCUGUCUUGCACCACGUUCUCGUUCUCAAGCAUUCAGGUGGUUACAUGGCGCCUCCAGGAUAUCCUCAACAGAACUUUUUUAACUAUAACAUGCCAGGGUAUACUGGACCCCACACGCAAACAUCCAUGACAGGGUUCGGGGGGAUGACUCAAAAUGUUUACGAGGAUUCAGUUCAUCUCCAAGAGCUCUUGAAAGACGUCGGAAACGAAGAGAAAGUUGAAGGUAUGGCUAUGACGCCUUCUGAGCUCAAUGUAUCAUUGCUCGAUCACCAAAGGAGGGGUCUUUUCUGGCUUUUGAACCGAGAGAAGGAAGAGCAAGGCAGCAUUCUUGCUGAUGAUAUGGGGUUGGGUAAAACAGUGCAAACAAUAGCUCUCAUAAUGGCGAAUCCAUCUGAAGAUAAGAAUUGCAAGACUACCCUCAUUGUUGGCCCCGUUUCUCUUCUACGCCAAUGGAGUGCCGAGUUUCGUGCCAAGGUAAAGAUGGAAUAUAAACCGAGGGUUGUCUUCUACCACGGUGCUGACAAGAAGAAAGUGAAUACCUUCAUCAAAAUGCGCCGAUACGAUGUUGUCCUCACCUCUUAUACCACUUUGGCAUCUGAAUACAAGCUGCAUUACGCUAAGCCAAUCGAGGAAGCAAUGGUUUCACACGGACAAAAUAUACUUCCUGAUAGAGAUCUGGGUGGCCAAACUUACGAGUCUCCCUUUUUCACAUCGAACGCACAAUUUUAUAGAGUUGUUCUUGACGAGGCUCAGUACAUCAAGAACAAAGUGUCGCAAACUUCAAAAGCGACAGCUUUGCUAAAAUCCAAGCACCGCCUUUGCUUGACAGGAACCCCAAUGCAGAACAAUGUUGAUGAACUUUAUCCAAUCCUACGAUUCUUGAAGACAAGACCUUAUAAUGAUGAGACAAAGUUCAAGAGAGAUAUCUCUGUGAAUAUGCGGUCUAAUAACGACGAAGCCGAUGAGUACGACAGAAAUGUCUCCAUGAAGAAACUAAGAGCAAUUCUUCUGGCCAUCAUGCUUCGACGUACUAAGGACUCCAAAGUGGACGGAAAGCCCUUAAUUGAACUUCCAAAGAAAACAGUUAAGAACGUGUCUAUCAGGAUGGACGAAGAAGAAGCCAAGGCAUACAAGAAUUUGGAGGCGGGUAUUCAGAAAAAGGCAGAGAAACUUUUAAAGAAAAAACACAAAAACUCACAUAGUAAUAUCUUGACAUUGCUCUUAAGGUUGAGACAAGCGUGUAUUCAUGACAUUCUUGUUGAGGUUGGAGAAAUGAAUGCUGAAGAGAAUAGAGAAGGUUAUGGAGGCGUAAAAAAUUGGAAGACGAUGUACGCUCUAUGUCUUGCGAUUUCGCCUGAAAUGAAAAGAAGAAUCGCCGAGGACUUGCUGAAAAACGAGAAAGAUCUCCCUGUCGAUGUAGAUGAUGAUGACAGUGAUGCCCAACUCACUUGUCCCAUGUGCUUUGAUGUGGUUGACCUGUCAUCAAUCGUUAUACUACACCCUUGCGGACACAUGAUUUGUGACGGGUGUGUUGACAGUUUAUUUGAGCAAGAAGGUAAUGAAGAUGGUCUGGUACCUUGUAACACGUGUCGUCAGAGUAUAACUGAAGAUGCCUUGAUUAGCUACGUUGUCUACAAUCAAGUGGUCAAUGAGAAUUUGAGCUUCGAGGAGUUGAGAGCGCAGUACGGCACGGGCAUGGCAAAUAAGACCACAACAGCAGAGAAAAUGAACAAGAUCACACAUGAGCGAGGCGGUUUUACAUUGUCCGCUAAGAUGCAACGUGCUUUAGAUCUUAUUGAGAACGUCACCAAAGCCAACACUGACGAGAAAGUCAUCGUGUUCUCACAUUUCACCGGCACAUUUGAUCUUAUGGCAAAAGCAUUGAAGGAUGCCGGAAUAAGAUUUCUAAGGUAUGACGGAAGCAUGAAUAUUGAUCUAAAAAACUCAACCAUCAGGCGUUUCUACCUGGGUACUGAAAGGGUGCUUCUUAUCUCCCUCAAGGCAGGUAAUGUCGGAUUGACGUUGACAUGCGCCAAUCAUGUGGUCAUAAUGGACCCAUUUUGGAAUCCGUUCGUUGAAGACCAAGCCAUGGAUAGGGCACAUCGUUUCGGUCAACAGAAACCGGUUCAUGUCUAUAAAUUGCUUGUAACAGACAGUGUGGAGGACAGAAUCAUCAACUUGCAAGACCGAAAAAAGGAGCUUGUCAAUUCGGCUCUCGACAGCACCGCAUUGAAGAAAAGCAGUGCACUCGGCAGACAAGAAUUGGGUUACUUGUUCGGCUUAAACGCUAUGACGUAA